AUGACAAUCUUUUACAACAGCAGCCUAGAAAAAGCCACUUUCUUCUUGACAGGCUUCCAAGGUCUGGAAGAUUACCACGGCUGGAUCUCUAUUCCUUUCUGCUCAAUCUACUUGACAGUUAUUGUAGGAAAUGUUACCAUCCUCCAUGUCAUCCGUACUGAUGCUACCCUCCAUGAACCUAUGUACUAUUUCUUGGCCAUGUUGGCCCUCACGGACUUGGGUCUUUGCCUUUCUACACUUACCACUGUGCUGGGUAUCUUCUGGUUUGAUUUCCGAGAGAUAGGCAUACCUGCCUGUUUCAUGCAGCUCUUCUUCAUCCAUACUCUGUCCCUUGUGGAGUCCUCGGUUCUAUUAUCCAUGUCCAUCGACCGCUAUGUUGCCAUCUGCAAUCCGCUGCGUUAUUCCACCGUCUUGACACCUGCACGCAUUAUCAAGAUGGGCCUGGGCUCGUUGUUUAGAAGUGCAUUGCUCAUCCUCCCCCUGCCAUUCCUUCUUAAACGCUUCCAUUAUUGCCGCACCCAUGUGCUGGCUCAUGCCUAUUGUCUGCACCUCGAGAUCAUGAAGCUGGCCUGCUCUAGCAUCAUUGUCAAUCAUAUCUAUGGACUCUUUGUUGUAGCCUGCACUGUGGGUGUGGACUCAUUGCUCAUUUUCCUUUCUUAUGCUCUUAUCCUCCGCACUGUUCUAAGCAUUGCUUCCCGACAGGAGAGACUUCGGGCACUCAAUACCUGUGUUUCCCACAUUUGUGCUGUGCUCCUGUUCUAUAUCCCCAUGAUUGGAUUGUCUCUGGUACAUCGCUUUGGGGAACAUCUUCCUCGUAUUGUACACCUUCUCAUGUCUUACGUAUAUCUGUUGGUACCACCUCUCAUGAACCCUAUAGUUUAUAGCAUCAAGACCAAACAAAUCCGCCAGCGCAUUGUUAAGAAGUUUGAGUUUAUGAAAUCAUUGAAGUGA